GGACGGCGCCGGGCGAUGGAGCGGCGGAGUCCCGAGGGUCCCGAGCGGCCGGAGAGCGGCUUUCGAGGAAAAAUUGACUUUGAAACGCGGAUGAGAGAAGGAAUAUGCAAACUCCUUUCGUUAAGUACUCAGAAAGACCAAGUCCUACAUGCGGUUAAAAACCUGAUGGUGUGCAAUGCUCGCAUAAUGGCUUACACAUCGGAGCUACAAAAACUAGAAGAGCAGAAUGUGGACAGAAUAGAAAGAUGCCGAGCGGAUUUUGAAACUAAGGAACGAAAAGCAUGUAGAGGAAAGAUUGCGUUAUCAGAUAUUCGAAUACCUCUAAUGUGGAAAGAUUCUGAUCACUUCAGCAAUAAAGAAAGAUCUCAGCGUUAUGCUGUUUUUUGCUUAUUCAAAAUGGGAGCCGAGGUUUUUGACACAGACAUGGUGAUUGUGGACAAAGCCAUUACUGAUAUAUGUUUUGAAAAUGUCACAAUAUUUAAUGAAGCCGGGCCAGACUUUGAAGUCAAAUUGGAGGUGUACAGUUGCUGUACAGAAGACCCGUCUAUAACAAACACUUCCAAAAAGCUAGCCAAGAAAUUCAAAACAUCCAUCAGUAAAACAACAGGGAAAAAAUUAAAUCUGGUGCUACAAGGAGAUGCCCUUGAUUCAUGUUUUCUCUCUAACCCAGCUAUAGCCGGUGCAAAGUAUCAUUUGCUGGCACAUACUACUUUGACAUUGGAAAGCACUGAAGACAGCUUCAGGACACACAGUCUUGCUAUUACUGGAAAUGAGGAAUCUUCAUUUUGGCUUCCCUUGUAUGGCAACAUGUGCUGCCGAUUAGUUGCUCAGCCAGCUUGCAUGGCUGAGGAUGUGUUCAAAGGAUUUCUUAACCAGCAGCAAACUGUGGGAAGCCUGAUUAGCUGGAAGAGGUUAUACUGUGUACUGAGAGGUGGGAAACUCUCUUGUUAUUACACUCCAGAAGAAAUUGAAGCUAAAGUGGAACCAGCUUUGGUAGUUUCCAUUAACAAGGAAACCAGAAUCCGGGCAAUGGAUAAAGAUGCCAAGAAAAGGACUAAUAACUUUUCUGUUAUCAACCCGUUGGCUGGACAGGCUGCAACUCAAGUUUUUGCAGCUGACGAUCGAGAAGAACUUCAGAAGUGGAUGGAAGCAUUUUGGCAGCAUUUCUUUGAUCUUAGCCAGUGGAAACAUUGCUGUGAAGAACUUAUGAAAAUUGAGAUUAUGUCACCACGGAAACCACCUUUGUUCUUAACAAAAGAGGCGACCUCAGUCUACCAUGAUAUGAGCAUCGACUCUCCACUGAAACUCGAGAGCUUAACGGACAUAAUACAGAAGAAAAUCGAAGAGACUAAUGGGCAGUUCCUCAUUGGUCAACAGGAAGAGUCAGCAACUCCUCCAUGGGCUGCACUGUUUGAUGGCACCCAUGAAAAGAUCAUCCGGAAACAUGGGGUCAUGGUCAGUGCGAGCGAGACGCCAAACCCUAGCGAUGGGAAAGGCAAGAAGCGGCGAGCUCCUCUUCCCCCUCCCGAUAAGUCUCCAUCCAUCCUGAAAGCCCAGACAAGUCCCGAUAGAUUUGACAAGGAAAAUUUCUGGGAAAAAGCAGGUGUCGCAUAUAGGACCUCAUCUUUAGAUUCCAAAUUAUCCUCCUUGAGGCACCAGUUUCAGAAACCCAUCGCUGCCCCUCGAAAACUAUUUACUAGCAAGAAAGGCAGCUUUGGUGACAGUGAAAACAUGAUGACUUCUGGUACUGGAAUCACUAAAGCAGAUUCAGAAGCCAAGCCAGUGCCAGCUCCUAGGCAGAAAACUCUCAAAGGUAUACUGGACCCUAGGUCCUGGCUGCAGUCACAGGUGUAAUACUUUGUAUUCUUAAAGCCUAUCAGGCAUUUGGCUUCACCGACAUGUAAACAGUAGCACCUUGAAGAGUUCAACAUCUAGGGUAUUGGAAGCAGAAUGUACAUAUUUGUAGUAGUUAAAUCUUGGUACUAAGUAGUAUUGACUUGUAUCCACAACUGGAAGAAAAUUGGAAUUCUACAGUUGGAAAAAUCUGAUUUCUAUUUUAGAAUCCAAGGGUACAAGUCAUUUCCCAAGCACAGUGGAUAAAAGAGUAUUUGAGCCAGAUUCUGAAAAUACCCUCUGAGGGGGCCAACUUUUCAUUUUGAGCUUGGGGGCGAACUUGUAGGCAGAGCUUUGAGGGAACAAGGGAGAAAGAAUGGAAGGAGAGAGAAUGAGGGGUGGGAAGAAGAAACAACAGGUGCAACCUGCCAUCUUUUAAUUGAUUGAUUCAUUCGAUCAUAUUUAUUAAGCGCUUACUGUGUGCAGAGUACUGUACUAAGUGCUUGGGAAAGUACAAUACAGCAAUAAAGAGUGACAAUCCCUGCCCACAACGAGCUCACAGUAUGGGGUGGGGGAGACAAAUAUCAAUUCAAAUAAAUGGACAUCAAUAUAAAUAAAUAAAAUUGCAGAUAUAUACAUAAGUGCACCUUCUUUUGCCACACCUGUUCCCCUAGCUCGAGCAGCUCCAAACCCUGGAGAUGAACACCCAAAGCUGCCCUCACUCUUUACCCACAUGCCCCACAGGGCUACACAAGCCCCGUCGCUUGUAGUCGGGGUACUCUAUUCGGUCACAGCCAUGGCUGCUGUGUCAGAUGAUCCUGGUCUGGCAGCAAUUCCACUGGGGUUACUGUUGCCAGAAGUCCAGACUUCCAACCCCUGGUCCUUCUGCAGGAUAUCCACACCCAGCUCCCACUCAUGCUAAGAGGAUCCUCCCGAGGCUGCACUGUGAAGAACCACACCCACCCUAGGUGCCCUAGGAGGACCAGAAACAUGGCUGUGGUGUUCUCCUCUUCGUUUUGCUGACAGGCUGAAGUGAAGCUGCCAUCUUGGUCCACCUUGGAUCCUUUUCCAACUCUGGAAGGCAGGGCAGGCGAACUACAGCAAACUACUAGAGAAGCAGCAUAGCGAGCACAGGCCUGGGAGUCAGAAGGA